UCCCCGGUAGCUCAAGGCAGAACAGCGCAGUGGGGAUUUGAGUGCUGAAGCCACUGCUCUGGACUUGUGGCCUCCUGUGAGUGACAUGCCAUUUCUGAACCUCAGUUUCGCCACCUGCCCACUGGAGACAUUAAUAGUCUGCGGUCAGUGCCCCACGAAGCAGGGACAUUUAGGAGCCACCCCGCCCUCAUCCCGCAGCCACCACGUGGCCCGUCCAGGCCUACCCAACCCAGUCCAGGGCGGAAAGGGUGCCGGUCCCGCCCGCCCCCAAAUGCGGGGGCGGAGUUUUGCCGACCCGGGAGGCGCAUAAAUCUGCAGCCGGCCGAGAACUGUCCCUUCAAGCCCCGCUGUUAGGGUCUCCAGCUGUUAACGCUGAGCACAAAUUCCUGGGAGAGCGACCGAAGGCUGGGCGAGGGGCACGCGGCUGCCUGGGGCAGUCGAACCUAAUGGGAGGCGAGGUGGACAGACAGGCAGACGUAGGAGGUAGACGGUAGAUGCAGAGGAGGGGCAGGGAGGCCGACCCCUGCGGGUAGGAGCCCAGAUUCCUUGCCCAGGGGGUUUGGGCCUUAGCCCCCUCUCGCUGCCUCCCCCCGGGACAGAAGGAGAAGACUUGUGUCCCCCACAGACGGAGUGCAUACCACCCGAGUGGACGGCAGCAGGUUCAGGGUUCCGAGCCCGUCUUCCUCCCUUCCUCUUACCUUAGGCAAGAGGCGUGCCUCUCUGUGGAGGACAAGCAUCCUCCACCUUAGCGCAGUCCCGGUUUCUGGGCUGCUGUCCGCUUCCCUCACCCGGGGUGUUCGGUGUUGGCUGGACUGCCCGGUGGGAGGCUGCGCUUGGCCCCCGCACCUGUACCACAUGGAGGACGUCGAGGCGGGGGCGCGGGGCACGUUCGGAGCCUGGGACUACGGGGUCUUCGCCCUCAUGCUGCUGGUGUCCACGGGCAUCGGGCUGUGGGUAGGGCUGGCGCGGGGUGGGCAGCGCAGCGCAGAGGAUUUCUUCACUGGGGGCCGACGCCUGGCGGCCCUGCCCGUGGGCCUCUCGCUGGCCGCCAGUUUCAUGUCGGCCGUGCAGGUGCUGGGCGUGCCGGCCGAGGCCUACCGGUACGGCCUCCAGUUCCUCUGGAUGUGUCUGGGCCAGCAGAGUGGACGGCAGACGCGGGGCUCCAAGCCCGUCUUCCUCCCUCCCUCCUACCUUGGGCAAGAGUGACCACGAGCCCACGGCACCUUGCAGUACCUGGAGCUGCGCUUCAGCCGCGCGGUGCGGCUCUGCGGGACUCUGCAGUACCUGGUGGCCACAAUGCUGUACACCGGCAUCGUGAUCUACGCCCCCGCGCUCAUCCUGAACCAGGUGACUGGGCUGGACAUCUGGGCAUCACUCCUGUCCACUGGAGCAAUCUGCACCUUUUACACGACUGUGGGCGGCAUGAAAGCUGUGGUCUGGACCGACGUGUUCCAGGUCGUGGUGAUGCUGACUGGCUUCUGGGCAGUCCUGGCCCGCGGGACCGUGCUCGUGGGAGGACUCGAGCAAAUGCUUGAGGUUGCCCAGAACCACUCCCGGAUCAACCUGAUGGACUUUGACCUGGACCCACGGAGGCGCUACACAUUCUGGACUUUCGUGGUGGGUGGCACCUUGGUGUGGCUCUCCAUGUACGGCGUGAACCAAGCACAGGUGCAGCGCUAUGUGGCCUGUCGCACAGAGAAGCAGGCUAAGCUAGCCCUGCUUAUCAACCAGCUGGGCCUGUUUCUGAUCGUGUCCAGUGCUGCUGGCUGUGGUAUCAUCAUGUUCACGUUCUAUAUAGACUGUGACCCUCUCCUCACAGGGCGUAUCUCUGCCCCGGACCAGUACAUGCCUCUGCUGGUGCUGGACAUCUUCGAGGACCUGCCUGGAGUCCCUGGGCUCUUUCUGGCCUGUGCCUACAGUGGCACCCUCAGUACUGCGUCCACCAGCAUCAACGCCAUGGCUGCCGUCACCGUGGAGGACCUCAUCAAACCGCGGCUGCCGAGACUGGCCCCCCAGAGACUUGUUGUCAUCUCCAAGGGGCUCUCGCUCAUCUAUGGCUCAGCCUGUCUCACGGUGGCAGCUCUGUCCUCGCUGCUGGGGGGAGGCGUCCUCCAGGGCUCCUUCACCGUCAUGGGAGUCAUCAGCGGUCCCCUCCUGGGAGCCUUUAUCCUGGGAAUGUUCCUGCCUGCCUGCAACACGCCGGGCGUCCUCUCUGGGAUGGCAGUGGGCGUGGCGCUUUCGCUGUGGGUGGCCGUGGGCGCCGCCCUCUACCCGCCCAGCGCACAGUCCAUGGGGGUCCUCCUGUCAUCAGCCGCCAACUGUGCGGCGCCCUCAGCCAACGCCUCUGGCCUCCUGGGGCCCCUCCUCACCACCAACACCUCCGGCAGGGCCUCCAGCCCUGGAAUGGACCCUGGUCGACCUGCCUUAGCUGAUAACUUCUACGCCAUUUCCUAUCUUUAUUACGGUGCCCUGGGCACACUGAGCACUGUGUUAUGUGGAGCCCUCAUCAGCUGCCUGACGGGCCCCACCAAGCGCAGUGCCCUGGGUCCUGGGCUGCUGUGGUGGGAUCUUGCACGACAGACAGCAUCGGUGGCCCCCAAGGAAGAAGUGGCCGUCCUGGAUGACAGCUUGGUGAAGGGUGCCGAGGGUCUGCCCCCUGGAGCCAACAGUUCUCGUGACUUCCUUCCCACUGAGGAGAACAAUCUGCUCUUCCUGGGGCAGAAGGAGGUGAAUGGAGCCGACUCCUGGACCCCUGACAGUGGACAGGUCAGAGGUCAUGAACUGCAGGAGACAGAUCUCUAAGCCAGCCCGGGACUGCCUGCCUGGGGUGGCAUCUCAGGGUGGGCCAGUCCCAGGCUACAGGCCAAUAGCCUCAGGCUCCCAAGGCAGGGCUGCAUGUCUCUCCCCACACCCCCCACCCCAUCCCACCCCCCACCAUGGGAAGAGGCAAAGCCCCACUCUAGGGGGUCGCUUAUCCAGCCCCCUGCUUCCAGGCAGCCCCUAGUGUUAGCUGUUGCAUGCCUGCCCACUCCCCCACAAAACAAGGCUGGGUUUUUCUCUACCUGCAACAGAACGAUGUUGGAGUCCCCUCUGGAUAACAUGGGAAAACUCCAGGCUCAGCAUUAAGGUCUGAGAUA